GGGGAAGUCGGUGUCGAUAGGUUGCGACUAGAGGUUGAGAAUCGGGGGGCUGUUCCGGAGCUACUCCUAGUUCGAAAGGAAUAAAAUAUUGGAAUGUAUUUAUUAGGGAGAUUUCUCAGGUAAAUGUCAAUGUCACUUGCCAAAUUCGAAAGUGCUUGUUUACAAAUAAAUGCCGCCAAAAACCCAAAAGUAUUGCUGCUUAACAUAACAUAACCCAUAACCCUGAUCCCUAAUCUGAAACCUCAAUCACGAAUAUACAAUAAUAAUAAUUAUCAAGAUGCAGGCUUUUUUAAAAAUGGGAAAACUCGGGGAGCCUAGUGCUAGUCCAUCCACUUCGGGAGCCCCCAAAAAAAAGACCAAAAAUCUCCCGUGGGUCGAAAAAUACCGUCCCAAAACUGUCGAAGACGUUGUAGAACAAAGAGAAGCCGUUUCAGUCCUGCAACAGUGUAUCUUGGGUGCCGAUCUACCGAAUCUCCUAUUCUACGGACCUCCAGGUACAGGAAAAACUAGUACCAUCUUAGCUGCUGCCCGUCAACUAUUUGGAGAUCUUUACAAAGAAAGAAUCUUGGAACUGAACGCUUCAGAUGAAAGAGGUAUUCAAGUGAUCAGAGAGAAAAUCAAAACUUUUUCUCAAUUAACUGCUAACAGUUCUAGAGCUGAUGGUAAGCUAUGUCCUGCUUUAAAAAUUGUAAUUCUUGAUGAAGCUGAUGCUAUGACGCAUGCAGCUCAAGCAGCCCUGAGGCGAACAAUGGAGAAAGAAACGAAAACGACACGAUUUUGCCUUCUCUGCAAUUAUGUUUCAAGAAUAAUUGAGCCCCUCACAUCAAGAUGCACCAAAUUUAGAUUCAAACCUCUAAAUCAAUCAUUUGUUUUGGAAAGACUGCAAGAAAUUUGUCAAGUUGAAGAUGUUCUGAUUAACGAUGAUAUUUUGAAUGUUUUGGUAAAAGAAAGCGGUGGUGAUAUGAGAAGAGCCAUAACUGCACUUCAAAGUUGUGCUAAUCUUAAAGGAAAAGGUAGUCAUAUUACUUUGGAAAAUGUCUAUGAAGUUUUAACAGUGGUACCGAGCAAAUGGGUCAACAGCUUUUGGGAUUUAUGCAAAAAACCAUCAGACAUAAAAGAAAUUAUCCAAUUCAUUGAUGAUUUGGAACAGCAAGCUUAUCCAAUUCAGAAAGUCUACGAACAUUUGAAUGAUUUCCUAAUGGAUUCAGAGAAUAUCGACGAUCGUCUAAAAUCGGAAAUAGGAGAAAAGCUUGCAGAGUCAAGCUUUAGGAGUAGCUGCGGCCGUGGGGAUUUCACUAAUUUAUUAGAUUUUGCUGUGCAUACUCAAGAAAUUCUCACUGAACCUUUGGAGAGAAGGAGAAUGCAAGCACUUGAAAAUGCUAAGUUUACCACCAUUCUUGGAUUAUCUUAGGAUGGUUGCCUAUUAUGUGGAUUUCUUUUUGAAUUUUUGCUUUUUUAAUGAUUACAAUAAUUAUUAUAGGUUUAUUUUUGUAUUGGUAAUAAAGUAAGAUAAAUACAUUUUUCUGAAUUGUGUGUUUAUUUGGGAAUAAGAAAAUGUCGAAAUCGAA